AUGAUUUGGCUGCUUCGGUAUGUCGUCUAUUCGUGUUUAGCACUAGGAUCAGCCUAUGAUGAUGAGCUCGUGACGUGUGGGACCGUUCUAAAACUCUCAAAUGCCUAUGAAGGAUCACGUAUUCAUUCGCAUGACAUCAAAUAUGGAAGCGGUAGUGGUCAGCAGUCGGUUACUGCCGUAACGUCUUCUGAUGAUGUCAACUCUCAUUGGCAAGUGUAUCCUCAGGGGUAUUUUUUGUUGAUUUUCUAUCAGUUCGUGUUUAAGCCAUCGAUACCUCUUUCAGCCUUAGAAGGAUCAUGUGGGCGUGGUGAUCCAAUCAAAUGUGGUGGAAAGCUUCGUCUUAAGCACUUGACCACCGGGUGUUUUCUUCACACCCACCAUUUCCAGGCGCCUUUAUCCAGACAUAAUCAGGAAGUGUCAUGUUUUGGAAGCGGAGCUCAAAGUGAUUCCGGUGAUGAUUGGCAACUUAUUUGUGACUCGGAAGAGUGGAUGGAAAGCGAGGCAGUGAGAUUUAAACAUGUCGACACUGGUGUGUAUUUGGCACUAUCUGGACAGCAGUUUGGCAGACCGAUCCACGGGCAAAGAGAGGUGGUAGGAACAGAUGGCCUAACAAAUACUGGUAAAUGGAUAGCUGCUGAAGGAGUCUUUAUGAGAAGAAACAAGGAUUGA